AUGGAUUGCAAGAGGAGUAUUGAUCUUUUACAAGAGUUGUUUCCACAUGAAACAACUCAAACGUUAGAAAGUGCAUUAGAAGGUGCAGAGGGUGAUUUGAAUAUUGCUUGCGCUAUAUUGAUAAAUUCAGAGGAAGAUGUUAAGAGAGAAGAGAAAGAUGAUAUCCUUACGGUUUCCCCAAUCUCUUGUAUAGAAACUCUGAUUGAUAUGUUUCCCAGCCUAUCUGCGGAUGAUGUUGAACGUAUUUAUGAGGAAUAUGGCAACGACGUAGAUAAAUGUAUAAAUACACUGUUAACCUUCGAAGGUUUGACGAACGAAGAUAUUGAGGCACAAAAGGAAUACGAGAAGGUUAGAAGCCUGAAAGAUACUGAUAAGGUGAACAAGAAGGAUGCAUGGGGGUCUUUGUCUCAAAAAGUUGACACAAUCAAAACUUUUACUGGAGUUAUCGAAGGAAUUGCAAAAGCUGCAUUAUUUAAAAAUUCUUUUCACACAACGAAGUCGAUAAUAAGCAUAAUAUAUGACUGGGAAGAUGAAUAUAAAACAAUAGAUAGUAAUCCCAAUUCCACAGUGACCCCCCAGGCCCAAAUAAUGGGGGCCGGUGGUAAAGUUCAGUCUGCAUAUGGAUUUGCCCAUAGCAAAUCAUACAAUUAUCCACGCUCUAAGAGUGCUGGUAACGAAUCAGAUAAACAAGAGAGUUUCUCUAGCCAUCAGCGGCCCUAUAGAUAUAAUUCCCAGAAUAAGGAGGCUCGAGAAUUGGAAAAUAUACUUCGAACCAACCUCCAAUUCAAAAGCAUAAGGCGCAAGUUUUUUGAAUCAGCUCUUGAAUUCUUUAAUGGCGAUAUAGACAAAACGUUGGCAGUCGCUGUAUUUAUAUUAGAAACUAAUGGCGGAUCCUUAACACAUCCAAGGAAAGAAUUUAAGCAAGACUCCUUGCAAUUAAACACCAUGCUCACCAAAAAGUCUGGUAUUAUCAGGAAUAAACGCUCCGCAAAUGUCAACUUUACUCCUGAUAUGUUUUCUUCAGACAGUAUCUUUGCCAAAUCAAAAGAAUUCUUCAACAGAAUAAUAUCACAACCUAGAGUUGAUUUGCAUGGCUUUACAUCUAACGAUGCCGAAGUGCUAAUUCAGCCAUGUUUGGAAAAAUGGUGGCAUCGAGAAAUUGAACUCCGCGAACAAAACUGCCAAAACCUCAGAAAUCAAUCUUGUUUAAACGUUCCAGAUGUAGUUAUAGUAACUGGGAGGGGUUUGCAUAGCUUAGACGGUGUACCCCGAGUUAGGAUCAAGGUACAACAGAUACUAGAUAAACUUAACUACAUAUAUACAGAAGAGCCCUCAUUCUUUGUAAUCCGAGGGAGAAAGCCAACUAGAACUAUAUGUUCUCCAUAG